GCAACACAGAUGGCGCGUGAAGUGGAGCAGCAGUUGCCGCGGCCGACGCAGUAGCAGCAAUCGCUGCAGUAAUGGCAAAAGUGGCAAGAGCAAACAAAGCACGAGCAGAAGCGCUGGCAGCAGCUGUUAGUUCGAGUACUUACUAAGCGCUUGAUCGCAUUUGCCGGUGGUCUACACUUUAUUUACUUCACAACGCGCAAUCAGUCGCAUUUUGUUGCCGAAACCGAAAAGUUGUGCGAACAAUCUAGUUGAGCUAUAUAAACGAUAAGAGCAUGGAAAUUUUGCCAUGAACAUGGCGCGUGUAAGGUGUAGUGAAGCGGGUGGCAAAUGGAAAGAGUAUGAGUUAAAGGAAAAAGUGUAUUCUGGUUAUACUACAUAUCAAUGAAAAAGUAAACUUAAGAAAGAAUAAGAAUAAGCGAAAAUCCAAACCAAACAAAGUGCUGUGAAGUGUUUUGAGUAAAUCUGAGCGCAAGUGAUUUGAAACUGUUGCAACAAUUUUGAGAGUUAGCUGAAUUUCGUUUUUUGUUUGGCUUUUAUAAAGUGUAAAAGAAGCGCACACAUACAAAAUGAGUAAAAAAAUGUGGAAUAAAAUUUUCAAAUCGUCCAAAACGACGAAAAAUUCCAAGUUAUCCGCAGCGACUGUGGUCAAAGCGAACAAGCGCUACAGCAUUUACGACGAAUAUCAGCAGCUGACAGGCCCAGCUGGACAAGCGGAAGCCGCAAAGAAGCCAAAAAAGCUGACAAAAGGCAAGGAGCGUGAAGCUAAGCAGCCACAGGAAGAGGAGCAGCAAUGGGAGCAGAGAAAAAUGUUGCCGCAACAUGAGGCGUGCGCAGCUGAAGCGGAUGUUCCAAGCGGUAAUCGGGCAACAACAACAAAUGUGGCGGAAUUUAGCGCAUCAGCAGCAACGGCAAACGAUGGCCAGACUAGCGCGAACGAUUACAAAAUAGUGCAAGCAGAAGCGACAGGUGCCAACGACCAGCUAAUUGGCAAUAAAAAUAACUGCAACUCGGACGGCACUGGCGCGCCCGCCAAACAGCAGUCUACAUUUGCCAAAGUGGUUAGCAGUUUUUCGCUUAAGCGCAGUCACAAUGCGAGUGCGCAAAAACAAGAACAACAACAAAAGCAGCAGCAACAACAACAAACAACGCUUAGCCAAAAGGGAAACGGAAAUGUCAAUGCUGCGGGCAAAUUGCCAAAGAGUGAGUUUUUUCAGCAUGAUACGCCUACUAACCAGCAAGAACAACAACAAAAGCAGUCGCAGCAGCAACCGUGUAGCAGUCAUGCGUUGCAAAGGCGGCGGUGGUCGCAGCAACAACAACAGCAUGAAGAAGAAGGAGGCGUAGCAGGCGAAAAAGAGGACAAAGCAGCAGCAACGAAUAUAAAAGAGCAGCAACAACAACAAGAGCGCCGCUCAUCACAAGUACUGAUUGUUAUUAAACAAAUUGUGACAAUGGCUAUGCCAAAAAUGGUGUCUGCAACAACAGCAACAACAAUAGCGCCAUCGAUUGUUGCGCACAACAGCUGCAUUACAGCUGCUGUCACUGAACCUCCACAGUGUGUCCUCAAUGGCGAUGGUGUUGGCCAUGACAGCAGCACCCCGAACGUCGCUACCGCCGCCAAGCGAAUGCAUUCAAGUGCAACGCAUGACAAUGUUUCCAUUUUAGCAGCCGCUAGUACUGCUGCAACAACAACAGCUACUACCAUUACUACUACUACUACUACUACUUUUACUACUGCCAAUUCUACUAACACGCGCAUGCCGCCCGUAGCUGUGCAUUUUGAAAAAAAUAACAGCAACACAAUUGCGAACUCGGCGGAUCCCUAUCUGGAUGCACCCUCCGAAUUGGCGCCGUGCCCCGUCUGUCGGCGCACCUUCAAUCCGGUUACGCUGCAGAAACAUGUGGGCAUCUGCGAAAAAAUGGCGGCCAAGAAGCGCAAUAUCUUCGAUUCCUCACGACAGCGACGCGAAGGCACCGAACUGGCUAGCUAUCCGCUGCCGAAAAAUUUCGGCUUGCCAGCGGCAAAACAGGAGCCGCGCGGACAAUCACCGAAGCCGCUGCAGCACAUUGCCUCCCCCAUACUGACGCGUAAGAAGUCGAGCGGCGGUGAGGAUUUGGUGCGCAGCACAGCGCGCGCCUCCAUGCGGAAAUUGGCAGCAAGCGUCGGCACUGCAAACAGACAGUCGCCCAGCGCUCACAGUGCAGCAGCAACAAACGCCGGUGGUGGCGCCUCUAAUCACACUACACCCAACAGUCAAAUGAACGCAUCGACAUCGUCGACCACAUCGCUUCCCGGCGCUGGCAGCUUUACACGCGAUCGCAUGCGCUCGUCCGACCGUUCACUGGCCAAGCGCAUACAGCCACCGCCGGCCGAACAGUGUCCACAUUGUGAGCGCUGUUUUGGCCCGAAGGCCUACGAUCGCCAUGUGGAGUGGUGCAAGGAGAAGGCGCUGCAGGCGUCUAUCAAACAUACGACAAAAGGCGAACAAAACUUGGCCAAAGAGCGACUGGAGGCGCGCACCAAAUACCGGGCGCCAUGUCUCAAAACUAAGCGUUCGAUUAAUCGUGACAAAUACGCGGGCUUGGCUGGCGAUGAGUACGAAAUCGGCGAUAGUCUAAAAACCGGAUACGGCAGCCAUAACAACAGUAACAGCAACAAUAACACAAACAACAAUACAAGCGGAAGCCUACAAAACUGUGAAGGUAGCAACGAUAACAGCAGCAACAACAAUAAUAACAGCAGCGGCAACAAUAACGCUAACGGCAUUAUGUCACUAUCGAUGACAUCUUCGCUAACCAGUGAAAGCGGUCUGCCGUCCGACAAAUACGAUCCUUUCCUCUCGGCUAAGCGUCAACUGGAGGAGCUUUGCUCAUCCUCUCCACCAAAUAAUCCCUCCUUUUCCUCAAAUCUCCCGAAAACUUCCACACAAACUCCUUCGGCACCAGCUGGUUUGCCCGCUAAAAUGUCCACUUCACUCACACUCAGCACUUUCACGCCCAACUCUAGUCCAUUGACGACCAACUCACAGAACCAACGCACGCCGACGAUACCUUCUGCGACUACUAACAAAACGCCAUCGAACUUUCGACGUACAUCUUCACUGCGCGGUCCGCGUCGUUCGCCGAUGCUUUCAUCACGCCCACUGUUCGCCCAAAAUCAUCGUCCUACCAUACAACGUGGUCUCUCUGAUGAAGGUCCAAUCUCUACGAAUUUUCUUAAACCGGAGGAAUACGAUGAGAUGCCUGUACGUUCGGUGUGCGUGAACGAUUACGCGGUGACGAAGAGUCCACGGGUCGCACGUCGCGAUAAUAGCCUCUCGAAUCGCAAACAAAGUCUCAAACUCAAUGUUCAAGGCGCGGCGACAUCAGCAACCCCAGCGAAUUCUAAUACGAAUACGCCCAAUUGUACGACUAUGUUGGGCGUAAACAGCUCCGAUGAACUAAUGCACUCGGCUGCCAAAUAUCUCUCGAAAACCGACUCACUAGCAGCUUUCCUCAAGUACGAAAAAGAAUUGGAGAAACUCAAUGCACAGGCGAUGCUAGAUGCCGCUAACGCUAACGCAAGCGCCAAUAAGCCAACAGUCGAGCAAAGCGCGUCCAACUCGCCAGCCGUGAAUCUCCACAAUCCCGUCAUAACUAAGGAAUUCAAAGAGAAAAGCAACACUCUAAGCAAGCAAAACUCUGCUAAGAGCAUCAAGGCAGAAGAUAUCGAACCUCCGGCACCAACUACAGGCGAUGUGGAGCAGAAUCACUCCCGCCAACACCUGCCAACUCCAGUGGCAAACACACCAUCUACGCCUGAAGUUUGCCGAUAUGAAAAGGAGUAUCCCAACUCGCAAAAGACACAGCCUCUCCGAUUGGAGCGCAUAACAUUGCCUCAGGCCAGCUCGACGCCGAUAACAAAAAAGCAGGCUACAAGGGCUUCUGUACAGGCCACGCCUACACAGUUGCCCAUUGUGAACCAACCAGUUAACUUGAAUGCGCUCCUUAGCGAAUCCACCAAGCCUCCACUAUCUAUAUCACUUAGCGCCUUCAGCAAUGAUACUAAGAACUCUUCGGGAAGUGAAUACAUUGAUCCUAAAUUAAUUAAUAAAUGUGAUAACCUGCCUGUUAAUCUGAACUCUGUGCGCACACUAAAAUCCAUUGGCGAUGGCAAUGCAGAACGACGGCUGGACUUCUCUUCCUCCUCAUCGGAGUGCUCUGCGCCGCAGACCGGCCCGAUAUCGCAACUAACCAAGCUGCUACCACUCACAAAAUCAGCUGAAGUAAAAGAUUUAUCGACACAAACAACAGCUGCGAUGACUACUGCCAGCCAGGCUAUGGACAUUCCCACUCGCCCGUCGACUGCUGACGAAGCACAACCAAAUGCGCAUCCGACGCUUAGUCAACGCAGCUCAGCUGAGGGUAGGAAUUUAUUGAAUCGUAAGAAGCGCCUCGGACGCAAUCACUUCCUCUACGAUGCCUCGCCCGAGGCAGAUGAUUCCUGUUCAGCUGACGAUGAAGCCAAUCGUUCAUCGGUUGAGUAUUAUGAAUCCAAGUAUCGUUCGUCGUAUCAGCAGCAGCAGCAACAGGAACCGCAAACGUGUUUCGUGAACGCGCGCGGGCAAUCUGCACCACUAAAGACGCCUCCCAUCGUACCGCCUUUACCAAUCUUCGACGACUUUGACUUUGAGGAAUUUCUCUCGUCAUUCGAGAAUGACGAUGAGCAAUUUCCUCUCUUUAAGGACUGUAGAGAGUUUCUCUUGAAUCGCACGUCGAAUAAACAACGUUCGACGGUGACGCCGAAUUCAAUGUAUACACAGAAUAACAACAAUAACAAUACCAACCACUCUCAAAAUCAUGCAGCACAAACAACAGACUACAACAACAGCAAUAACCACUUUCAAUUUCCAAAUCUCGCCUCAUCCAACAAACACAGCCACCCCACGCUCCUACUAACUCCUUCUUCCCACAGAUCCUGUGACGAAUCACGUCCAAAGAGCAAAGAACCCUCACCCACAUCUGACAGAUACGAAGAUCUAAGCCGCGUUACUGCGCAGAACGCCGUCUAUGGCGACAGUGUGACCAACAAGCGACACUCCGAUUCAGAGCACAAGAAACGCGAGAUCUUCAUCAGCAUCGAGACGGAGCCGAACGAACAUGGUCGCUCACCCAUUUCACCAGACUCGCUGCGCAACAUGGUCGGUAAUCCACAAACUAUGGUCGAGGUUGAAGUCGAUGGCUGCGAUAAUAAGUUUAGCAAAAUUAGCGAUGAUGAUGAGCAGUUAAAAGGUCACGUCGAAGAUAUGAUGCUGCGCUGCACUCCUUUCAACAGGGGCAAUCACUUGCCCAACGUGCAGCUGAACAAUGCCAAGAAUUUAAUACAGCGCAUGCAAGAUGACUUUCGACAAAUGAGCGAAGAAGUGGGCGCCAAUAUACGCCAAGCAAUGACCGGUCUCAAUUCAGUCAAUUCAGCAGCUGGCAAUGCCGCAAUGCUGUAUGGCGGGAAUAAUAUGGCCAUGGGUGCUGGCUUGGGAGGACGUGGUGGUACGUAUGUGCCGCGCAAUAGCAAUGCAUCGCCACCGUCUCCACGACCGCCACCAACGGCAUCAACAACAGUGAGUGCAACAGCGCCAAUGUAUGCGGUUUCUGAAGAUGCAAGCGGUGAUGCAUGCGGCGACUCGGACGACAUGAGCAGCCUAGAUGGGUAUCCAAUAUCAUCAAAGUCGUCACGACGCGGUGUCGGCUCGAAGUUGAGCGCCGACUCUGCGUACGGGAGCCUCUCACGGCAGAGAUCCUCGGAGCUGUCAGUCACACCGCAACGCAGUGCAACGCGCAGUCGCCCCUCCACCAGCGCGUCGACCGCUACAAACACUACUCCUCUACCCAGCACAAUGCACGCCGAUGAGACUGCGCAGCGUCAACAUAAGCUACAGCAACAACAAUACCACUACCAACAACAGCAGCAGCAGCAGCAACAACAACAACUGCCACAACAAACAACACAAUUAUACAAAUACGCGCCAUUGAAGACGCGUCCGCGCCGCAUAAGCGGCUCAUCCAGCAGUGAUAACUCUGAUGAGGUGAAUUGCAACAUCAAAUAUAAGCAACAAUUGCAGCAACAACAACAACAACAGCAGCAGCAUGCCGGUAUUGGCAACAAAAACAGCGGAAGCAACAGCAACAACAACUAUAUAAGCAGUCACUAUGCGCAGCAACAGCAGCACAACAAUCUAGUGGGCAAUAGCAACAACAAUCACAACAACUAUGAGAGUUCACAUAGCUCACCCACGACGAUGACGGCCGCCGCCUCAACUGCAGCCGCGACACCCGAUGAUUUGCCAGCGUCUACGGCCAAGGGCCAACAAUACAGUUCGAGCAGCUCGCUUUCGAGCACAAAUGCAGCAAUGAGCGCGACAAAGCCCGCUGCAACUAAAUUUAAGCGAAAUCCAUUGAAACUUUUUAAGUUUUAAGCAGCUGGAAAGAAAAUAACAGCACACAUCCAUACAUACAUACACACACAUAUACCAUGUGCAUGCAAAUGUGGAUGAAGAAUUCUACAUAAAAUUUAAUUUAAAAACUGAGAAAAAAUUUAGGAUUAAGAAUUUAAUAAGUCUAACACUUUUUACCAAAAAAUAAGUACAUAUAUGUAUACAUAAAUAAUAAACUAAAUAUGUAGCACCGAGAAAAGCGAAAACGAAUGUUAAAGGAAAAAAUCUUGAGAAUCUACCACUACCUACUAAUAAUGAUUAUUUUUUAAAACAAUUUUAAAAACAUAUAUAUAUGUAUAUUUAAUAUCAUUUAUAUAUACAUUUACUCACUCGCCUUCUGCUCAAUCGUACGCAAUUCGAUGUGCUUUAGCACACAAAGAACAAUUUGCACUCGUAAUAUAUCCAAAUGUCACAAAUCGUUUUUUUAAGUGUAAUGCGUAUUUACGACACCAAUGCAAAAAAACGAAUAUAAUGCCGAUAACGGUAUUUACUUAUGCAUAAAAAGGCAAUUUAGCUUUGUGCAGUAGGGAAUCUUAAUAAAGAUUAAAAUAAUAUA